GCCCUUUCGAGCAGAUGGUCUUUUAGUGUCUUUGAUACCUUUUCCGACUCGAGAACAGCAAAAGUUGCCACAAGCCACAAGCCACACAAAAAUAGCUAAAAGUAGACUAGUAGCUAUCAGUGAAUAGUCAGUUGAUUGUUGUUACUACUGUAUCAUACCGGUAUCUCAAGAACCAAGAACGGUGAACCAUCUGAACUACUAGUACUAGCUAGCUAGUACUAUUAAUACCGUACCAGUAAAAACAAAGAUGAGUGCAUUGGAGGAAGCUGCUGCUGUUGGUGUGGCAAUGGCUACUAGUGCUGCUAGUGCUGCUAGUAGUACCGGUAGUAGUGAGGAUCCCGAGAUUGGCUCACGCAACGCGAGUGGUCAUCGUCUGCUUCCCAAGACGUUCGCUCCGUCCGUCAAUGAGGUUAUUAUUGGCCGAGGCCGCCGAGUUUGGAAUCACAGCGGCAACGAGCGUUUUCAAGAUCUCGUGCAGUCGCACAUGUACGAGUACUCGCGAGCGACGACCAAGACCUCCAAGUCGGCCAUCAUCUCGCGUGUCCUUACUCAAGUCAAACAGGCCAGUUCAGUGGGAGGAUUCGUAAAGCAGGAAUCUUCCACCAAGCGCUGGUACGCCAUGGAAGAAGCUUCUGCAAGGAUCAGCACCGCACAAGCCUUUAGAGACUCGCUCAGUCACACAUACCGCUCUUCCAAGCAGUUCAAGCAGCAGAGAAGGUGGAAUUCAAGAGUUUCAAGCACUACCGGUACCACCACCCCUAGCAUCCAUCCUGCGCCAGGUCAGGAUCAAGGUCAGGGCGAACACCAGGACACAAACUUGCAAUUGCUGCCAAGACCGGUCCGCUCCAUCAAUGCCAACAGCACCUACGGCACCAACACCGGGCCAGGCCUCCGGGGCAUCUUGAAUUCAGCCUUGGGUAUCAUGGGGGAGGACGCAGAGGAAACCACCAACGAUGGAGUGAACGUGAACAUGACCAUGAUCUCCCGAAUCCAACAAAAGAAAAACUCACUUGAUGCACUAUUGGACACGUACGCUUCGGGGACCGGGACCGGGAACGGGGCACCGGUCGAAUGGACGCAGAAUCCUUUCGAACCAACGCCUUUGCCUGUUGCGCCCAUUGGACUUCAGCAGCACACUGCCAAUACUAGUACCACCCAACCGAUCUUGGCACCACUGCAGCUUACUGCUACCGCUAACGGUAACGGUACUAUUAUUGGGCAAGUCACACCCAUACCAGAAAAAACUGCUUCCAAGGAUCAAGCUGCCUUGGCUCUGCGAGAUGUGGUAUUCUUCCAAGUCUAGUCAGACUAUCGGUACGAGUACUGAGAAGGCAGUACAUGUAGUACUGAGAAGGACCGGCACCGUCAUUACAUGUCCUCACUCACUCCAGCGCAGCAACAACAACACCAUUACAGAACCAUGCCAAUCACACAACCAUCCAUCCAUCCAUCCACAAGUAGGGACACGCAAUCAUCACAGUCAUAGGAUUGAAUUGAACAUGAAGUGAUGAAUAAACCAUUCAUUGCAGACACACCCCACGAGCAAACCGCACACGCAAAUAAAUGCAAAAGUACAGGUAGGAACAAGACUUACAGUAGUUUCACCUUGACAGUACAGUAAUCGUUCACACAAAAAGAUUUAGGAAUAUCAAUAUACUGGGCU